AUGAACGAUGAAACCUACAACCUAGUCCGUUUCGCCGCAGCUGUGAACCUCAAGACCAAGAUCCGCGUCGCCUAUGCCACAAUUCCUCAAACCUCUCUCACCUAUAUCCGAUCAGCGACUCUGACCAGUCUACGCGACAACAAUUUACAAGUCCGGAACUUUGCCGGUACGAUCAUCACAGAGUUGGUUCAGCAAGCUGGAUUGUUGGCAUGGCCGGAUGUUCUGAACGAGCUGCUGGCGCUUGUCGAAAAUUCGGGAAACGUACCGAGCUUCACUCAGGAGGCAGCCAUGUCCGCUCUCGCCAAGGUCUGCGAAGAUAAUCGCAAGAUCUUGGAUCGCGAUUACCAAGGACAGUGUCCGCUCGACGUAAUCAUCCCGAAGCUGCUGGAAUUCACCUCCAACCAGAGCGCCAAGGUCCGUUCGAUGGCCCUCCGCACAAUCCACGUCUUCCUUCCCCACCGACCCAAGGCGCUUGUCGCCUCCCUCGAUUUGUUCCUGUCGCAGUUGUUCCAAUUGGCCAAUGAUGCUAGCACAGAUGUCCGCCGGACGGUGUGUCAGACCUUCGCCCAACUGGUGGAUUUCGCCCCGGAGAAAUUGGUCCCGCACAUGGAAGGGCUGGUCAACUAUAUCAUCAUGCAACAGAACAAUCAGGAGGAUCCGGAGCUCGCCCUCGAUGCGGCGGAGUUUUGGCUGGUUGCAGGUGAGCAGGUGAAGCUGCAGCAGCCUUUAGCCCCGCAUAUGUCCCAGAUCGUGCCCGUCUUGCUGCGGAGUAUGGUUUAUGACGAAGACGAGGCCAACCGCUUGGCGGCAGAGGGCGAGGAUGCGGAGGAAGAAGAUCGCGAUCAAGAUCUUAGACCUCAGUUUGCGAAGUCGAAAGCCGCUCGUCUGGAUACUUCUAAGCCGGACCAAGCCAACGGCAAUCCCGCCCCUGAGGACGAUGACGAUGAGCUGAGUGAGGGUGAGAUCGAGGAUUCGGAGUUUGGAGACGAUCCUGAGGAUGAGUGGACCCUCCGCAAGUGCUCCGCUGCGGCCUUGGACGUGUUUUCCAACGUCUACCACGACCCGAUCUUCGAAACCAUCCUGCCCUAUCUGAUGGAAACCCUUCGUCAUGAACAGUGGACACAGCGCGAAGCUGCUGUUCUGACUUUGGGGGCCGUCGCUGAUGGUUGCAUGGAUGCUGUCACGCCCCACCUCCCGGAGCUCGUUCCUUAUCUGAUCUCGUGCCUCAAUGAUUCUCAGCCUGUCGUUCGCCAGAUCACUUGCUGGUGCUUGGGACGGUAUUCCGAGUGGGCCUCCCAUCUGGCCGACCCUGCGGAAAGGGCCCGCUACUUUGAGCCCAUGAUGGACGGCAUCCUGCGUCGCAUGCUGGAUGGGAACAAGAAGGUUCAAGAGGCAGCUGCGUCGGCUUUUGCAAGCCUUGAGGAGAAGUCCGAUGCCAACCUGAUCCCUUACUGUGAGCCCAUCCUUCAGCAGUUUGUUCAGUGUUUCGGCAAAUACAAGGAUCGGAACAUGUACAUCCUGUACGAUUGUGUGCAGACCCUGGCGGAGUGCGUCAUGGGUGAGUUGGCGCAACCUCAGUUGGUGAACAUCUUGAUGCCUGCUCUUAUCGACCGCUAUAACAAGAUCACCGACCAGUCUCGGGAGCUUUUCCCUCUGCUCGAGUGCCUUGGGUAUAUCGCCGCCGCUUACGGAGAUGCAUUCGCCCCAUUUGCGCAACCUCUUUUCCAGCGCUGCAUCAAGAUCAUCUAUGAGAACCUGCAGGAGUAUAUGGCCUCAGUCAGCAACCAGGGUGUCGAGGAGCCUGACAAGGAUUUCUUGGUUACUAGCUUGGACCUUCUGAGCGCAAUCAUCCAGGCGAUCGACCCGCAGAAGAGCGGCGAACUGGUGGCCAACUCCCAGCCCCGGUUCUUCGAUCUCCUCUGCUUCUGUAUGGAGGACCCAAACUAUGAGGUCCGUCAGUCGUCGUACGCGCUGCUGGGUGAUUGUGCCAUCAACAUCUUCCCCCAACUCGAGCCCUUCAUCCCUCAGAUCAUGCCAACUCUGAUCCAGCAACUUGAUCUGGAUACGAUCCGAGAUGACGAUCGGCACACGGGAUUCAGUGUGCUCAACAACGCCUGCUGGUCUUGCGGUGAGAUCGCGGUCAACGAGAAGGCGGCUUUGUCGCCGUACGUCGAGAAGCUGUACCAAAGGCUCUACAUCAUCAUCAACAACAAUGAAGAGAUUAUUGAUUCUGUGAACGAGAACGCUGCGAUGGCGCUGGGUCGGUUGGGAAUCUGCUGUUCGGAUCAACUGGCGCCUCGUCUGGGCGAGUACGCUGGCGUCUUUUUGAAGUCGAUGAAUAAGAUCGAAUUCACCCGCGAGAAGGCGUCGGCGUUCCUGGGCUUCAACCAAGUAGUCAUGAAGAACCCGCAAGCCAUGGAGUCAUUCCUGGGCGAUUUCUUCCAGGCCAUUGCGGCCUUUCCCAGCAAGUCUUUGAACCAGGAUGACUACCGGGACAUUCAAACAUCUUUCCAGCAGGUUCUGCAAGGCUACAAAAAUAUGAUACCCAACUUCGAUACCUUCCUGUCGCAACUUCCGGCCCACGUUGCCCAGAGACUUCGUUCUGUAUAUCAGAUUUAG